AUGUCUUACGGUUGUGUUGUCGACGUCUGCGAAAUAGGCCGGUCAGAGGAUGCCUGGUAUAAGUCCUUACAUGCCAUCGAGCUGGAUCAGUUCGACAUCACGGACGAUGCCACGGACUGGGGUCUCGGCAGACCCUUCGUCAUGGACAUGAGAGAGUCCCUGGCAUCGUCCGUGCACAUCAAACGUCCUACCUGGAUUCGUGGAGUCCUGCUCGGCCAGUAUUUGCAAGAAGUCGUGCUACCACGCGCACUUACAGGCCGUGGCGGAGUUGUUGGUUGGAACAACAACAGUCGUGGAGUCUGA